CUUUCUUCCUUCUUUCCUUCUUUUAUUGUUCUAUACCAUACUUUAUAUACAGAUGUCUACUGAAGCACUGAUUUCACAAAAUAAAGAUAGACCAAAUCUACUGUAUUCAAAAGAGAAAUUAUUAAAAUUAUAUGGUAUUGAUCUCUUUUCUGCCGUUUCUUCUGCCGCUCUGGUUUCACCAUUUAUUGCUGUUGUUGAUAGGUCUAUUAUCGAGAAUUUAAAUGGUAAAAGGAAUUUGAUGGACGGUUUAAAGUAUGGAUUUCGUUCUUUUACAGCACAACCUUUUAAGUUUGUUUCAUCAGCACAGUUUCGUAUUGUAUUGGGUCUUUAUUUCUCCACUUAUGCUACUGCUAAUUUUGUAGAUACCACAUGUGAACAAUAUUCAAUAGAAGGAACAAAAACGGCUAUGUACAAGUUUAUUUCUACGACAGCUGUCAAUAUCACACUCUGUGUAUAUAAAGAUAAAGUAUUUGCUCGAAUGUUUGGUGUAGCUGCUACUAGAGCAUUACCAAAACUAAGUUAUCUUCUAUUUGCGGCAAGAGAUUCUCUUACGAUUGCAGCGAGUUUUACAGCACCAUCCUAUAUUGCAAAUAUCCUUCAAAACAGCUCUCUUGUUUCGAGUGAAAAAACAGCUAAUGUAGUAUCACAAUUAAUAUGUCCUGCAGCUGUACAGUUCGUAAGCACACCAGUUCAUCUUUUUGCUCUCGAUAUCUAUAAUCGACCUGGAAUCAUGUCAAGCAUGAGAUAUCAACUAAUCAGAAAGGAAUAUCUUAAGAGUACAUUUGCAAGAAUUGGACGUAUUGGUCCAGCUUUUGGAUUUGGUGGUGUUGGAAAUACAUAUUUUAGAAGUUUUAGAAAUCAAAUACAAUAACUCAUACCUUUCUUUUUUCCCACGAUCUGACUUUAACAAUCUAAUAGACUUUUCCCCUUCCCUUAUAAGUAUAAUUAAGGCACUAUUUUGCCAAAUUUAAUAAAUAUAUACAUCUAUGUUGUAUCAUAAUGCAUACAAAAAA